AUGGCACGAAGCAAAGAAUACAGUUUGGACAAAAUGGAGGCCGAAGAGCGUGUGAAAAUGGAAGCUGCUCAAGAGAAGGAAUGGGGCAACUGGCGAAACUUUGAGGCUGUCAAGGUGCUGGAUCCGACGAAGGCUGCAGAGUUUCUUCGAGAACAUCCUGGAACACAGAUUGUCCCGACCAGAUGGGUGCUGACAAACAAGGCUCAGCCCUGGGAAGAUGCCCGCUACAAGGCUCGCAUUGUGGUGCGGGGUGACCUGGAGCGGGGCGCUGCUGAGACUCGUACAGAUUCACCGACGGCAUCCUCGACAAUGGUCAACAUGUUGCUAGCUUAUGCGGCCAGCAACAAGCGAGAGCUCAUCCUGAAACCACCUCCUGGCGGCCUACCAGGAGUGGAAGAUGGCAGUCUGCUUUUGGCUGAGAAGCCAGUCUACGGAACGCGUGACGCCCCUCGAGGUUUCUGGAAACGCUUGCACUCCGUGAUCCUCUCGAAGGGCCUAAGGAAGAUCCCUGGCGAGAACUCCGCGUAUGUGCUCAAUGACUCGAACAAUAACAUCAUCGGGAUGCUCAUCUGCCACGUCGAUGACCUCCUAUGGGCCGGAGGAGAACGUAUGGAUGAGGUGAUGAACCAGAUACAGUUGGCCUUCGAGUUCGGGUCAUUGGAACUCGACAACAGCUUCGUCUACUGUGGACGCAACAUUGAGCAGAGCACUGAAGGCAUCAAGGUGACCUGCCCCAACACUGCAGCAAAGGUGAGGCCCAUUGUGCUAACCAGAGAAAGACGUCGUGAACGUGAUGCCGCAGCCACCGACAACGAGAAGGGGCAACUCAGGAGUGUCUUGGGGAGUCUAGGCUGGGUGACACGUGUGUGUCGUCCAGAUAUUGGCUACCAGGUCAACCAUCUCCAGAGCAUCCAAAAGAAUGUCGUCGUGAGCGACCUGAUUGCCUGCAACAACCUUCUGAACUACGUCAAGGAGACUCCUCAGCAUGGCCUCUUCUACCGCUACAACGCGGUUGACUUCAAUGAGGCCGCCAUCCUCUCCAUCACCGACGCUUCCUAUGGUGCAGACUAUGAUGUGGACGAGCACUAUGGUGUGCCUCUCGGGAAUCGUUCCCAGUCCGGAAGGAUCCUAGCUCUUGGAAACAAUGACUUCGCUUCGACCGGAACAGGCGACAUCUACAUGAUCGAAUGGCACAGCAAUGUGCUGAAGAGAGUGUGCCGCAGCACACUACAGGCUGAAACCCUUAGCCUCGUUCAGGGCUAUGAGGAGGCUGAACAUGUUCGGGUGCUGAUGCAUGGGCUCUACCACGAGAAGACGGGCUCUACCAACGACUUCAUGAUCGGCGCGAUGGAUGGACGACGCUUGGAGAUGUUCACCGAUUGCAGAAGCUUAGAAAGCCACCUGAAGCAGCCGGGACUUUCCACGGUUGCCGAUAAGCGCCUGGCUAUUGACCUCAGUGCCAUGCGCCAGCUGGUGUGGCGAGACUCUGGAGAGCUAGUUGGAGAUCCUGUUUACCAAGAUGCUCCUCCGCAAGCUUCCACAACCCGCGUGAGCUGGAUAGAGACCAAGACGAUGGUUGCCGACAGUCUGACCAAGCACAUGAAGUGUGAGCAGCUCUUGGCCUUGAUGCACGAAGGCAAGGUCACUUUCGACAUGAACAAAGAACAUUCGAAGAAGGCAUCAAUGAAGCAAGACAAGCAAGAUCGUCAAGCAUCAAUGAGUGGCUGA